AUGUUUAAAUACUUGCAGAAGAAUUUUGCCCGUCAUAUGGCAGAGCACAAGAGAAGGCGAUCACGGCUUGUAUCAAAAGAUGGAAGGUGCAACAUAGAGUUUGGAAAUGUAGAGGAACAGUCAAGGCUCGUCUUCUUGGUUGACAUCUGGACUACUGUCUUGGAUCUCCGGUGGAGGUACAAAAUGACUAUCUUCAUUUCUGCAUUCUUAGGAAGUUGGUUCCUCUUUGGCCUCCUGUGGUACGUAGUGGCAUACAUGCACAAUGACUUGCCAGAGUUCAGACCUUCAAAGAACCACACUCCCUGUGUAGACAACAUCAAUGGCUUGACUUCUGCUUUCUUGUUCUCCUUGGAGACCCAGGUCACAAUUGGUUAUGGCUUCAGGUGUGUUACAGAACAGUGUGCCACUGCGAUUUUUCUCUUGAUUUUCCAGUCUAUCCUAGGAGUUAUCAUAAACUCCUUUAUGUGUGGGGCUAUCUUGGCCAAGAUCUCUAGGCCCAAAAAGAGGGCAAAAACCAUAACAUUCAGUAAGAACGCCGUCAUCAGCAAACGUGCAGGGAAACUGUGUCUCCUCAUUAGAGUGGCCAAUCUCAGAAAAAGUCUUCUGAUUGGAAGUCACAUCUAUGGAAAGCUCUUGAAAACCACCAUCACACCCGAAGGAGAGACUAUAAUCCUGGAUCAAGUCAACACAGAGUUUGUUGUUGAUACUGGCAAUGAGAACCUGUUUUUCAUCUGUCCCUUGACAAUUUACCAUAUCAUCGACAAGCAUAGUCCCUUCUUUGACAUGACAGCAGACACCAUCCAUCAGCAUGACUUUGAGCUGGUGGUAUUUCUAGAUGGGACAGUGGAAUCUACUAGUGCAACAUGCCAAGUGAGGACAUCAUAUAUUGCUGAGGAGGUGCUAUGGGGCUACCGUUUUGCCCCCAUUGUUUCCAAGACCAAAGAAGGGAAGUACAGGGUGGACUUCCACAACUUUGGCAAACCUGUGCCGGUAGAAACACCACACUGUGCCUUUUGCCUCUACAAUGAGAAAGAUGCGAAAGCCAAAGCGAAGAUGGGAUACGUUAAUCAUGGCUUUAUGUUGCAAGAAAUCAAUGAAACCAGUGACACAAAAAUGUAA